AUGUCCUAUUGCUAUUCAGAUGACGAUACAUCUGAUCUAACCUCAAUAGAACAUCAUCAUCACCGCCAUUUAAUGCCUGAAUCACCAUUACAACAUAAAUUAUCAUCAAAUAAUUCAAAUAGCCAACUUAGUCCUGCUGAUUCCAAUAUGUCGCCUAACUCACAAUUGGAACAUGAAAAACGUGUACGACGUGAAAUCGCUAAUUCAAAUGAACGACGUCGUAUGCAAUCAAUAAAUACUGGUUUUCAAAGUUUGAAAAUUCUCAUUCCGCAUUCAUGUGGUGAAAAACUUAGUAAGGCAUGCAUUCUUCAACGUGCAGCUGAUCAUAUAAAAAGUCUUGAAAAUGAGAAACUUAAAUUACAAUCUCAAAAUGAACAAUUUCGUAUAUUAAUAAAAAGUUUUCAAAUUGAUUCAACAAGUGUUUUACAAGCCCAACGACGUUUAUCAACGAACGAUCCAGACGAAACUGUUUUAUUACUAAAUAAUGAAAUAAAACCUAUUGGAAAUUCCGAUGAAUCCAAUGAUGACCAAUUAAGAUUAUAUCAUGAUAUUAAAAAUCGUCAUACAGUAGUUCAAAAUUGGCAUGAUGUUACUCAAUAUGUCCAAUCACAAAAAGAUGACCAACAACAUUACUAUCCUAUAUCAUCAUCCUAUAGACCGAAUACAAAACAAACGUCAACAUCAGAUACAACCUAUAUGAUUGUUAAACAAAAUCAACCUAGUCAACGUUGUUAUAAAACGAAUUCACUUGAUCAACAUAAUGAUAAUGGCAUUGUUAUUGUUGAACGAUGUCAACUCAGGGCACAAAGUGUUGAUACAAAUAAUAAUAAUAAUAAUAAUAAUAAUAACAACAACAAUAAUUCGUCAUCGUCGAAUUUAAAUGAUCAUGCUGUAUCUCGUCGAAAUUUACAAACAAUAGUUGAAGCCAUACGUCAUUUAGAAGGUGAUGAUGCUUUGUCAAAUAUAAGUCCAUCACAAUCAACAUCACAAAAAGAAGAUUUACCAGCACAAAUAAAAGCAAUGAUCAAUGAAAAAUUUCAACAACAACAACAACAACAGCAGCAGCAGCAGCAGCAGCAGCAACAGCAACAACAGCAACAGCAACAACAACAAAUUAAUAAAAGUCCAUCAUCGAUAAAUACAAUCUAUCAACAAACGAUGAAUAUUUAUGAUCAACAACAAACAAUAUCAAUGUCACAUGAUGUGGAUUUACAUCAAAAGCCACCUAAAAAACGUAAAAUAACGUAUAAUGAAAAUGAUGAUACUAUUGAACAACAUAGCAUUAUACAAAAGCAAGAUUUACCACCUAUAUCGAGUCCAGAUGUUCAUCAUCAUGAACAAAUCUCAAGUACAUCAUCUCCACCUCAAACGCUUAUCUCAAAUUUAGUUGUACGUUCACCACCAACAGUAGCUCAAUUGCUACAAGAGCAUUUAAUACAACGUACAGUACGUUAUCCACAACCUCCGUUAUUAACAACAAAUAUUCAACGACACCAACAACCCUAA